AUGCAUUGCACCUUGUGGCUCUCACUGUACAGAAAACGGCGGGGGGGUUUUCUUUUUCUUUUACCAUCUUUUCUUUUAGUUUCUGGGUUCAUAGAAAAAGGAAGGGGCGGCGGAAAUUCCGGGGACGGACACGUGUCACCCUUCCUCACCCCGGGGCCCUGCGCCGCCUAUAUAUACACGGCGAGACCCUGUCACCUUUUCCGAUUCGUCAUUUGCGCCGUCAUCUGCUGUGCCUGUGCAUCCUCGGACGUUGGUGUGCAUGUGUGCUGCGCGCCCAAGGUGGCGAACGCGCAGCGAGGGGGAGGGCUCGCCGGCGCCGGCGACGGCGAGGAGGAGGCCGACGAGGAGGGGCAGGCCGCCGUCGCAGGGACGACGACGACGGCAGCGGCGUGGCGGAUGCUGUCCGGGUACGAGCGCAGCCGGGAGGCGGCGGUGAUGGUCGACGCGCUCGCGAGGGUCGUUGCCGGCGGGGCGCCGGCCGCCGGGGCCCGGCAGGUUGUGUCGCCGGCGGGGGCGUGGCCGGGCUACGACUACGACGCUCUGUCACCGUCUUACUCAGCACAGGCUCACGAGUACGGAGCGGCGUUGGCAACACCACCGCAGCACUCGCCUGCGGCGGCGGCGGCGUCGCCGGGCUCGAGCCAGCAGAUCCCCUCGCCGUCCUCCGCCGAUACCAGCGCGGGCAGGAGCGGCGGCGGCGCGCCGCGGAGGCGGUACCGCGGCGUGCGUCAGCGGCCGUGGGGGAAGUGGGCGGCGGAGAUCCGGGACCCGCACAAGGCGGCGCGCGUGUGGCUCGGCACCUUCGACACCGCCGAGGCCGCCGCCCGGGCUUACGACGAGGCCGCGCUGGGGUUUCGCGGCAGCCGCGCCAAGCUCAACUUCCCGGAGUCCGCCACGCUCCGCCCGCCAUCAGCGCCGCAGGUGGCCGCGGUCCCUCCGCCGCCGCCGCAGAGGCCUGAGGCGCUGCUGGAGUCGCAGGCGCUGGCGGCCGGCGCCGGCGGCGGGGAGUACUCGGAGUACGCCCGGUUCCUGCAGGGCGCCGGCGAGCCGCCCCGCUUCUUCGAGCCGACGGCGCCCGCGGCGCCGGGAUCGUCGUCGUUCCCGGUGUUCUUCAGCUUCGGCGGGGGCGACGGCGGAAGCGACGGCGCCUCGCACCAUCCCUGGCCGCCGGCGAGCACCGGCACCAGUAACAGCGGGGCAGGCCACCCUCCGCCGCCGGCGACAUGGGCGGACUCGGGGUGGUGGCCCGCGCCGCCGCGGGACCCGUCUGCCGGUUGACCCGGAUCGAGUUUUUGGCCCAUUUUUUCCCACGUUGGUUGACACGCGGACCGAUUUCGGUCCGGAAACACACAUUCAUACGGCAUCUAGAAUCUUAGAUGUAGUGCUAGAACUUUUCAUUUUUUGAGAGAGAUGAGUUUGUAUUCGUGGAUUCUUUUCGAAUAAACUUGGGUUGCUUUCUUGAUUUCGAGCAAAUUUUUUGGAUUCGGUUGAUAAUCCUGUAUUGAGAAUUCUGAACUUGUCCCAUCAAUGGCGCGGCGGGAGUUUCUGCACCGGUGGUGUCCUGCCCUGCAUUUCCGGCUCA